AUGUUCGAUCCGAAAGAUUAUUUAUCGUACAUACAGAAAAAAGAAUUUGUUAUGGGUGCUAAUAAUGCGAAACGUUUACAAUCGGAAAAAAAUACUAACCUUAUUGGUCAUGUUGUUCAAACACCACCAAAACAACCUAACCGUCUUGUUCAAUUACAAACAGAUCCACGUUCACCAACCGAUGGUGUAUCUCGUACACCGAUUCAAAUUAAUAUCAAUGAGCAUAUAACAAAAAUUGCUAAUGCUAUUCAUCGUGUUGAAGGUCCAUCUAUAAUGAUUAAUGAUAAUUUAUCUCCAAUUCGUGCACAACAACAACAAGAAAAUAAAAAUAAUGAUGGUGUACGUUAUCGUAAAUAUGAUGGUGAAAAUAAUUCAUUAAAUCUACCAACUUCUAAGAAUCAAGUACGUACAAGUGGUGUUACGCCUGUACUUGAUCCAGAAAACGUGCUAUUAUCAAUCGAAAAUAGUGAACUACCUCCUUAUCAACUGUAG